AACAGAACGCAGUCAGACGUUGUAGCGCGUGGUCGUGCAGCGUGCAGCAAGCAGAAGACAACAGACUUAUAUAAAAAAUAUAUAAAAGACUACAAAAAUCAACAACCAGAACAACAAGAACUACGUCUAGAACUAGAACAAGAGCCAGGCGAGCGAGAAAAUUCUGGGGCCAUUCCAUGUAAAGCAGCCUACGGAGCAGCAAAAAGGCGCUCAAAUUCAACGAUUCGUGGCCAGCAUGGAUGAGGAGCACGAGGACGAUCGAAUAAUAUGAGAUUCGAUGGGGCUUUAGAGCCCCGUCACGGUGCUGCAACGCUGCAGAGCCGAUUUAUUGGUGUUGCCAAAUUUCGGCGCGAGACGCGCCUAAAAUGUGAGCAACAGCAGCAACAAUGCGCUGACGAAGACGACGAAGCAGCAGCAGCAACAGCUAACCACUUCAGCAACAGCAACAACAACAGCAGCAACUGUUUGCGCAACAAGAACAACAGCAAAAAUUGCCGUGGGGCAGCUUUGGAGCAACAAGCUCAACACUUGUCGCCCAGCCAGGCGCCAGGCACAACAACAACAGCAACAACAACAACAACGGCUAAUACAAACAAAGUUAACUUGCACUUAAGCAUUGAGGGCGCCGCAACAACAGCAGCAGCAACAACAUCAAAUUGGCGCGCCACAGCCGCCUCCCUGAAAAUGCGUGUGGAGCAAUCGUUAAUGCUAAUGGCGCGUCGGGUCCACCGCCGGCUGAGCAUGAGGGGGCGCCUCGGUACCAGCAAUGUCCUGUGCCUGAUUUCCGUUGUUGCGCUGGCAGCGCUGCUGCCGCUGCCGCCGCUGGCGCUGGCUGACGACGGUGACAAUUUCUUUGCCGUUAAUAGCUUCAGCGUGGGACCCGAGACGACAACACCCGAGUUUGAUUAUGCCAGCCGCGGGCAGAAAAAGUUCGGCGACAAGUGCGACAAUACAUUGGAAUGCGGCUUUCCCGGCUCCAUAUGCGAUCCCAAGAAGAAGUACUGCCAGUGCACCGACGAUCUGCAAAUCACCAAUCACAUUGAUAAAUGUGGCAAGGCGGCUGCCAUCAACGAGUCCUGUUUCUUCAACGAGCAGUGCGAAGCGAUUUACUUUCAGACCGAAUGCCGGGACGGACGUUGCAUAUGCCGCUUCGAGAUGUCGCCCAUUUGGGGCAAGGAUGGGUCUGUCGAGUGCAAAGGACGCCAGGACAAGCGAGGCGAAAGCACCUACAUUGAUCCGGCCAUGAUUGGCGUACUGGUAGGAAUGGCAUUGAUGUUUAUUAUUAUUUGUGUCGUCCUGCGAUUGUUUAGCCAGGCACGCUGGCACGAGAAUCGCACCAUAUUCAAUACACCGAAUCCACGCCUGAUGAACGUCUCCCUGUUGCGGGACAACAAGCUGCUCCAUGGCCAGGAUAGACGCGGCUCGCGCAUGUCCGUGCGGGCGCCAUCCCGGCAGCCGAGCAUGGCCUCGCUGCGUCCGCACUCGCCGAAUCCGUCGCUAGGUAAGACAGGCUCCCAGUCGGACUCCCAUGGCAGCAAUGCAUCCGCCACCUCGGUGCGCUCCAACCGCAGCAAUUCGGUGGCGCCGGGCAAGGUAUCCGGCGCUGGCCAUCACGAGCGGCACGGCUCCUCGCAUCGCCAGCAUCACGCCCAGCUGAAGUCGCCGCAGGAGGAGUCCCUGAUUACGAACAUAACCACAAAUCCCGUGGCCGAGAGCGUGACCGUCGAAAUAAUUGAACCAGCACAAAAGUGAGCAUACAGUCUAUGCAAAAAAUAAUAAAAUAUAACAAAAAUUUACAAAAAAAUAAAAUAAAAAUGCAAACACAUAUAAACGAGUCAACAAAUCGUCGAUAUCGUCGUUUAAUAUGCACGCGAUAGUAAGCCGAACAUAAUGCCAUUGUUAGAACCUUUUUUAAAAGAGAUUUUUUUCCAAUUUUUCGAAAAACACAACUUUUUGCAAAACCAUACACAACAACAAAUGCUAAUUAAUUGCUUACAUAUACAUACAAAAAUAAAUAUAUAUAUAUAAAUAUAUAUAUAUAUAUAUCUAGCAAUCGAUGUGUAUAUUGAAUGGAUAUAUACGAUUACACUGUGGAAAAAAAUGUUCGAAAAAAACCUUGCAUAACAAAUUCAUACUAAUCUUUUUUUCAAAAAAAAAAACGAGCAAAAAAAUGUAAAAAAAAAAAAUAAUGAUCAUGAAAAUGAAAUACUUUAUUAAUUUAUAUAAAUAUUGUACGCAGAUCUACAGCUUUAUGCCUAGAAACACAAGCAAAAAAAAAACCGAAAAAACAAAGAAAAUUUUCGUAGAAAUAAAAGCGUUUUUGUAGGCAAGAUUUAAAAAGGAAUUUAGGAAAAUUGAGUUUUUGCUAAUAUAUAUGUCUUAUACGAAAAGGAAAAGCGAAAAUCAUUGCCAAAACAACAAUUGGGACACACAAAAUACAAAGCAGACUAUGUACAAUGUACAUACGCACAACGCCUUAUCUUAUCUAUAUCUAGAUGCAGCUAGCGAUGUGGCAACGGCUAGUAUAUAUACAUAUAUAUAUAUAGUAUAUAGAUAUAUGUGUUCCGGCCACACCUCCAAUUGCUGCUAUCGCCCCCCUCCAUAAAUAUGGAUAUUAUUAUUCUUAUAGCCAAUGCAAAAGCACACACAGAUAUAAAAAUAUUAAAAAACCUCGGGACCAUAUUUUAUAAUCAAAAUAUGCGUUUCAAUUAACGAAGCAUGCACCUUUAGUUCCCACUUAAAUCCAUUCUGUCAAGUGUUUUAUUCGAAAUUAAUUUUUAACUAGCUAUUGUUAAACGCUGGCUGAACUAAUAUUUAGGGAACUCGCACAAACACGAAAACUAAAAAAAAAAGUAAAGAAAAUCUGAGAAAAGCUAGCAAAAUGCACACUCAAGUGCCGUAGCUCGAGUUAGUUAGCGCCUAACUAAGUCUAAACUAUAUGCGAGUAGCUGCUAAUCAGAAUAAUCUAAAUUGACUUCCAGUUAAAGUUAUCAACAUUUCAGUUCUUUACAACACUGUAACAUUUUUGUGCUAAAUCUCCUCUCACACAAAUUUUGUUUUGGAAUCCUCUGGAAUGGUCGGCCGGGGCUGAGCACUGGGCGAGCCAAUAAUAGGGGAAGAUUCUUCGUGCGUCCAGUGCUGAGCUCACAUUUGGCUGGCCAAGAACAAUUAAAAAACAAAAAAAAAUAAAAAAAAAAAGAUAUUUAUAUCAAGUUAUAGUACUUAGAAUGUUGAGUAUGUUAAGGUCUUUUGGUUUUCCGCAAAGCCCCCCCUCAACAAAACUCUCAUUUGCUUUUGUGCUCAAUCAAAGAAGCUUAACUGUGAGAAUAACAAAAUGAAUACAAAACGUGUUUGUACUUAAAACAAAAUGAAACAAAAUCAUUACAAAUAAACAAAAAUGACAAAAUAAAAAUAAAAACCUAAAACCUAAAGAAAUAUGCCUAAAAUGGUACAAUUUAGUAGAGCGAGCGUAAAUCGCAUAAUCUUAAACCAAAAAUUCUUGAAAAAUUUCCAACAAGCAAAAAAA